AUGACUGACCCUGGGAACCGUGAGCGCGGCCUUCGGGCUGCUAUCAGCAAUCCCCGUGUGUCGGAGAGGGCCAAACAACGGGACCGAGAGAUCUUGGAACAGGAAUUCGGUGAAUCGUUCGAAACAGAUCCAACUUCCGCAACAACAAGUGGCAAAAAGAAGGCCUCUUCCGAGGAAUCAAUUCCGGACACAUCAUCGAGAACAUUUCGAGCAUCCCAAACAUACGGCAGCAGGAAAACACGAAGUUCGUCCAGCGGUGAUCUUGAAACCAGCGCUCCUUCGGCCAGCAUGUCAUCGACGGUUGAUGACAGUAGCAUCGACGGCAAGGACAGGGGUAACGUUGUUCGGGGCCUCAAAGCGGCACUUACAAAUCCUCAUGUCUCGGAAAAGGCCAAAGAUCGGGAUCGCAAGAAGUUGCAGGAACUAGGGGAGUCAGUAGAGUGA